AUGGCGAGCGAAAGCUUGCUGGCCGUCGACGAAGCCCAGCCUCUCACUAGAACAGAACACCCCCCGAGGCGAUCAGACGACGAACCCCGAGACUCCCUUUCCUCCGCUUCGACUACAUCGCUUGUGCUUGAAGGCCUAAACGAUUACCUCCCCAAAGCCAUCCACCCUCAGCGAUACACCGAUAGCAAGAGCUACCCCCGCAAACAAGAAGCCUUCGACAUCGAGGAUGGACAAGAGUAUCACGGCGUCCGGCCCGCGGAUAGGAAAUACCGGCGCCUGUUCUGGACACUCGGGCUGGUCGGCUUUGUAGGGUGGUUGCUUGCGCUGCUGCUGUUCGUGUCCCGAGGCACAUACCAGCAUUCGUCGAGCCGGCCGCAUGACCCAGCCGCAACGGUCUCGAGGGGGUCGGGAAAGAAAGUUACGUUAGAGCAGACGCUGAUUGGCGCGUGGUACCCGAAGAGGCACGCACUGUCCUGGAUUGCGGGGGCGAACGGUGAGGAUGGCUUGCUACUGGAAAGAGGUGGAGGAGGCGGAAAGGAUUAUCUCGUGGUGGAGGAUGUGCGACAACGGGAGGGACAUCCACACGCCAGCAAUGGGACAACAUUGAUGAAACAGAGCAGUUUCUACGUGGGUUCGACGUGGGUGUCUCCGUCUGAGGUCUGGCCUAGCGCAGACUUGAAGAAGGUCCUUGUUGUGUCUGAUCGCGAGAAGAAUUGGAGACACUCGUACACAGGUAGAUACUGGGUAUUCGAUGUACACACACAGACCGGAGAGGCGCUUGACCCGGAUAAGCCGGGUGAACGGAUACAGCUUGUUAAGUGGUCGCCAACAUCGGAUGCUAUCGUGUUUACUCGGAACAACAACAUAUUCCUCCGCAAACUGAGUUCCAGAACAGUCACACAGAUCACCAAAGACGGAGGCAAAGAAGUGUUCUACGGCGUGCCUGACUGGGUAUAUGAGGAGGAAGUAUUCUCUGGAAACAGCGCAACUUGGUGGUCUGAGGAUGGCAAGUACAUUGCGUUCCUGCGGACCGAUGAGUCGGCCGUGCCUACAUAUCCAGUCCAGUACUUCCUUUCCAGGCCCAGCAACAAGCAGCCGAAGCCUGGCGAAGAGAACUACCCCGAAGUGCGGAACAUCAAGUACCCGAAAGCUGGAGCUCCGAAUCCAGUCGUCAAUCUCCAGUUCUACGACAUGACCAAGGAUGAGAUCUUCUCGGUGCCCAUAGACGGUGACUUCGAUGACUCCGACAGGUUGAUCACCGAGGUGAUCUGGGCUGGCCGCAGCGGCAAAGUCCUGGUUCGAGAGACGAACCGCGAGAGCGACCUACUAAAGCUUGUGCUCAUGGACGUUGAGCGGCGCACAGGCAAGACCGUCAGGACUCAAGACGUCGCUGCGCUUGACGGUGGUUGGUUCGAGAUUACAGAACAUACCGUCUUCGUCCCAAGCGAUCCUGGCAAGGGCCGCGCUCAUGAUGGAUAUGUCGACACUAUUAUACAUGAAGGCUACAACCAUCUAGGAUACUUCACCCCGCUGGAUAAUCCAGAGCCACUUGUGCUGACUUCCGGUGAAUGGGAGGUAGUGGAUGCGCCUUCAGCGGUGGACCUGGUGAACAACCUGGUCUACUUUGUGGCAACGAAGGAAAGCUCCAUCCAACGCCAUGUGUACCGUGUGAAUCUUGACGGGAGCAAUCUCGAAGCCUUGACAGACACAAGUCAUGAAGGUUACUACCAGGCAUCCUUCUCAGCGAAAGCAGGGUACGCGCUGCUUUCGUACGAUGGUCCCAACAUUCCAUGGCAGAAGGUCAUCAGCACUCCGAGCAGCAAAGACGACUUCGAGAGCCUCGUGGAAGACAACAAAGAGCUUGCGAAGCGUGCCGCCCAGCAUGAGCUUCCCAUAGAGAUAUACUCUACCAUCAACGUCGACGGCUUCGACCUAAAUUACGUAGAGAGGCGUCCGCCUCACUUCGACUCCAAGAGAAGAUACCCCGUCCUAUUCUACCUCUACAACGGCCCAAUGUCGCAGCAAGUUGACAAGCGAUUCAGCGUCGAUUUCCAAUCCUACAUUGCUUCAAGCCUAGGCUACAUCGUUGUCACUGUCGACGGCCGCGGAACCGGGUUCCUAGGCAGAAAAGCGCGCAACAUUGUCCGCGACAACAUCGGCUACUACGAGUCGCACGACCAGAUCGCAGCUGCCAAGAUCUGGGCAAAGAAGAAGUACGUCGAUGAGAACAGGAUGGCUAUCUGGGGCUGGAGCUAUGGCGGUUUCAUGACGCUCAAGACGCUAGAGCAGGAUGCGGGACAGACUUUCAAGUACGGUAUGGCUGUUGCACCGGUGACGGACUGGCGGUUCUAUGAUUCAAUCUACACAGAGCGCUACAUGCACACGCCCCAGAACAACCCCAGCGGCUACGACAACGCGACCAUCUCAAACGCCACGGCCUUGAGCCAGAAUGUGCGCUUCUUGGUGAUGCACGGCAUCGCGGACGAUAAUGUGCACACGCAGAGCACGUUCGCGCUGAUUGAUAGACUUGACCUGGCGGGCGUGGAGAACUAUGAUGUGCAUGUGUUUCCGGAUUCGGAUCAUAGCAUUUACUUCCAUAAUGCGCAUAGGAUUGUGUACGAUAAACUCAACAACUGGCUUAUCAAUGCUUUCAAUGGAGAAUGGCUUAAGACGGAAGACCCGAUACCGCUAGCUCAGAUUGAUGGGAAGGUCAAGCUGAGGUAG